AAUUCUGAUUUAGGGCGCCACCCGGCUCUGGAAUUGAGCAUUCUUAUUCUCUCAUUGUCCGGCUUUGCUACUUCAAUUACAUAUCUAAAUUCCUAUUAUGAAAAUGGUAUCAUUCAGACAUUUGUCUCUUUUUGUGAAAUAAGGAUGCACUGACACUUUCCUCCAAUCAACCCGGAAAGAAAACGGAGUUUUGAAAUAAAAGUGAAACUAAUUUGCCCUUGUGCCGAUUUUGUAAUAUUACAGGCUCUGAUAGGAGGUGAGUAGCCUACCACCACUCGAAGAAGUUUGUUACACUUUGGAUAUUCCCAUUUCUGUCAGGCAUCGAGUGAAUUUUUUUUUUUAAUGAAUAAACAUUUCUUAAGAAUUUUACCAUGCUAUUCGCAGUACUCGGUGUUACGUUCCUGGUCGGUACCCGCUUCAUCUAUGCUAUGGCGAGGGGCUCGCAUCCCGCAACCGUAGUUGGGGGCGACGUCACUCUACCGUGUUCCCUGGAACCCGGCCACUAUGCCAAGAACAUGACAAUAGUGUGGCGAACAUCUGAGCAGGAUAAAUAUGUACACCUUAGCCGGCUCAAUGAUGAUGGGACUGCCGGCCAGAUACCGUCUUACAAAUACAGGACGAAACUGUUUGGAACCGAUGAGUUGAUGAAAGGCAACAUUUCCCUGAAACUCUCACAGGUUAAACUGUCGGAUGCAGGAAAUUACACAUGCUUUUUAAAAGGUAUCAAGGUGACUACAACUUUUCUCACUGUUGUUGCAGCAUCUCCGGUGAUCUCGGUAUUGGGAGCCAGUGACGGCCAGCUGCGUCUACAGUGCGAGGCUACAACAUGGUACAGAGACGCUAAUGUAGAGUGGUGGGAUAGUGAGGGAGAUGCACUCACCGCUGAGAAACCAAUAGUCUCUGAAGAUAACAAGCACUACAACGUGAGGAGCUAUCUGACGGUACCAGAAAAUAAGACUGAUGAAACCUUCACCUGCCGAGUUUAUCAGGCCAACAAGACUGCCCAAGCUCGAUCAGUUGAGCCUCCAGAAAAACAUGAAUGUGAUACACUUUCACGUGGUUAUAACGACUCAAUAACUAUACCUGUUAUUGCAUUGUUAAUUAUUGUCGGUCUGUUGGUUUGGAUAUACCAUCUACAUAGAGGUCUGUGGGUUUGCUGUCUUUGCUGUCUUGGUCAAAAAGCAAUAAAUGCAAGAAAAGCAAGAAAUAGUCCGACAGACAUUCCCACAGCUGAAAACGAAAUACCCUUGACGACAUGAGAAGGAGGAGAGGGGGAUGAAGAUAUGAUGA